GGCCGAACUAGCGGUGGGAGCCGUCAUGUCGUUCGAGGAAAUAAUAAUGCACGUCAAAAACACGCCCGUAAUAUGGCAAACGUCGCACCCCAAUUUCAAAAAGCGCAACGUUUUGAGUCGCACGUGGGCGGAGAUGGCAAAAACUUUGGAUGUGGACGAGAGUUUUUUGAAGAAACGAUGGAAACAUCUCAAGGAUCAAUAUAGGAAGGAGCUCAAAAAGGUGCUUGCGUCAUCCGAGCUCAACCCUGAAGAGGUGGAAGUCACGUGGCAGUACUACAACGACCUCAGCUUCCUCAGACACGAACUCUUCACCAGAGGUACCAGGAAGAAGAACACAGAAGUCCCCGUUGUAUCUGAGGGUUCUGACACCGAACAUGACAGCGACAGCGAGGCCUCAGCGUCCAAAAUGAGGAAAUAUGAUGACACAAAGAACGUAAGCAUGGGCGAGACAUUCACAGCUCAAGAUAGAAUGGACGUGAGUUGGCAGAACGAUGCGGACUACAUGUUCCUGAUGAGUAUACUGCCGUCGAUGAAGAACCUUACGGAGAUUCAGAAACUGCAGUUCAGGGGGAAGGUGAAUGAUUGGCUGAUAGAAGCGUAUACUCAGAACGGAUACGCGGGGAAUGAGUACGUCGCGAAUGAUACGGAUAAUAAAAUGUAUCUCCAUUCGCAGUUGGUUAAAAGAAGGAAUGCUAGGGGCCAUUCGAGUUUAGACCCACUGAACUCUGAAUAAGACAUAGGAUAAGUAUUUCAUGAUUUUAUAAGGCAAACAAUGAUUCUAGGACAUGAAUAUUUUACAUUGUGAUUAGUCACUCGAAAUUUAUUCUUAACAAAAUUGUUUUGAUUGUACAUUAUAAUAUUCUUAAUUGUGACUUCAUAGAAGCAUUGCAAAAAAAUCUCUGUAACGUUUUUUAUCGUUACAAAAGAAUUGCGAAGA